GUGGACUGAGUAAGAGCUGUUCUUGAGGUUCAUCAUGCCAGGAGCGAGGACUCUCCUGCUGCUCUUUGUGAGCAUCUCCGCUGUGGCCCACGCUGCCCUGGUCAUUUCACGGGACGAUGAGUCUCUGGGCUCCCAAACUGAGGCCAGGAUGAUGAAGAGACGCAGCACUGCUGAUGAAGAGGGGAAGAUAGAGGUGCACAGCGUAAAGGUGGACAUUAAGGUAGCAUCUCGCUUUGCUCACACUGUCAUGACCUCCAUCGUUCACAACGGCGCAAGCUCCUCUAAAGAAGUUUUCUUCGAUGUGGAGCUACCCAAGACUGCCUUCAUCACCAACUUCAGCAUGGAGAUUGAUGCGAAGACAUACGUGGGACAAGUGAAGGAGAAGGAGAAGGCCAAGAAGCAAUAUGAUGUAGCGGUGUCCAGGGGGCAGACAGCUGGACUGGUCAGGGCAUCAGGCAGGAAGAUGGAGAAGUUUUCUGUUUCUGUCAACAUUGCAGCUGACAGUAAGGUCAAAUUCAAGCUGACCUAUGAGGAGCUGCUGCAGCGUAAACAGGGCCAAUAUGAGCUCAUGACGCGGGUGAAACCCAAGCAGUUGAUCCAGCAUUUUGAGAUUGUUGCAGACAUUUAUGAAUCUCAGGGAAUUGCCUUCCUGGAUGCCUAUGGAACUUUCAUUACAAAUGAGUUGCUCCCCCUUGUGGAGAAAGUCGUCAGUGACACCAAGGCACACAUCUCCUUCUCUCCAACGCUGGAACAGCAGAAGAAAUGUCCUGAUUGUGAUGGGACUCUGAUUGAUGGAGAUUUCUACAUUAAGUAUGAUGUGAAAAGGGAGACACAAAUCGGUGACAUCCAGAUAGUCAACGGGUAUUUUGUGCACUUUUUUGCCCCGCCAAAUUUGCCCCGAGUGCCAAAGAGUGUGGUAUUUGUGAUAGAUAUCAGCAUGUCAAUGCGUGGACAGAAAAUCCGGCAGACACGCGAGGCCUUGCUGACCAUUCUGAGUGAUCUCUACGAAGAGGAUUACUUUGGCAUAAUUUUGUUUGACAACAGGGUCGAGAGGAUGGAACCAUCCCUGCAGCAAGCCACUAAAGAGAAUGUAGAGAAGGCCAAGGACUAUGUCAGGAAAAUCAACGAGAGGUGGGCCACCAAUAUCAAUGAUGCUGUGUUGGAGGCUGUUAAAAUGCUGUCAGAGGACAAAGCUGCCAACAGACUACCAGAGAGGAGUGUGCCCAUGAUCAUAUUGCUGACAGAUGGAGAUCCCACUUCAGGUGAGACAAACCCAGACAGGAUCCAGCAGAAUGUGUAUAAUGCAAUGGGGGGCAACAUCACACUGUUCUGCCUCGGCUUUGGCUUUGACGUCAGUUACAAAUUCUUGGACGUCAUGGCACAGCAGAACAACGGAUUGGCCAAGAGGAUCUACGAAGACUCAGAUGCCGCUCUACAGCUACACGGUUUUUACACAGAUGUAGCCAGCCCUUUGCUUUCUGAGAUAGAUGUGCGUUACCAAGAAAACGCUGUGGACUCACUGACUACCAACAACUUCAAGCAACUGUUCAAUGGAUCCGAGAUUGUGGUAGCUGGCCGGCUAUCCGACAAUGACCUGGACAACUUCAUGGUGGAAGUGUUUGCACAAGGGGUGGACGAGGAGCUCUCCUUCAAGGGUCGGGCCAGCACCCAAGAAUGGGACAUUAUUUUCCCUGACCAGGAGUACAUCUUUGGGGAUUUCACAGAACGUCUUUGGGCGUACCUUACCAUCCAACAGCUGUUAAACAAAAAGGAGACCGGCCCUGUGAGUGAGAGGGAGAACGUCACUGCACAGGCCUUGGAGCUGUCCCUGAAGUACAACUUUGUCACCCCCCUCACCUCUAUGGUGGUUACCAAGCCCCAGGAUGAGGAAAAAGAUGACAUGCUAAUCGCCGACAAGCUGACCGAGGAUCAGAGACAGAGGCCAGGCGCUCUUGGUCACGCCCCCCCGUCCACGGUGUCGCACCAUUACCACUACCGCCCUGUCACAAGCGUGGACGGAGACCCGCAUUUCAUCGUUGAGAUUCUUGAAAAGAAUGACACGCUGUGCUUCAACAUCGAUGACGCACCUGGAACCAUCUUUAAUCUGGUCAAAGACCCGGUGUUAGGUGUUGUGGUUAAUGGCCAGACUAUUGGUGACAAGAAGGUAGACCCUGGGAGCAAAAUCAACACCUACUUUGGCCGGUUUGGGAUUGUUCACCAGAAGCUGGGGAUCCGGCUGGAGGUAACCACUAAAGGAAUAUUGGUCUUCCAGGGUAAAGUGCACUCUACACUCUCCUGGUCUGACACAGCCUCCCUGAAGUUGCCCAGUGUGGAACUUCAGGUGAUCAAGGACCGCAGCCUAACUGUAGCCCUGAAGGACUCAGUGAAGUUUGUCAUCAUCCUGCAUAAGGUGUGGGAGAAGCAUCCCUACCACCAGGACUAUCUGGGCUUCUACACCCUGGACAGCCAUUUCCUCUCACCCGGCGUUCAUGGCCUGCUGGGUCAGUUCUACCACGGCGUGCAGUUUGAGGUUAGCGACCUGCGUGAAGGGGAAACCCCUGACAAACCGGAUGCCACCAUGAUAGUGAAAGGGUCAGAGCUCACUGUGACCAGAGGCUGGCAGCGAGACUUCCGCUGGGACGUGAAGAAAGGGGAAAACGUGCCCUGCUGGUUCAUUCACAACAACGGCACGGGGCUCAUCGACGGGACCCCUGACGAUUAUGUCGUUUCCGGGAUAUUCAAAACCAGCUGAACUACAUCAAUGACCAUGGGGCCUCAUCAGCGUCCGCAUGGGCCAAAGAAUUAACUACUUCAAAAACAGAUCAAUGUCUUUGCUAAACAUGUAGGAAAAAACAUACAUAAACAAUAAACAAAAUGGACAUAAAAAAAA